UGAAAUCCAAGGUGAAAUUAGGUCUGUCUAUCCAAUUUGUUCUAAUUGAGAACAAAACCUGCCAUGCAAGAAAGAGAAGCUGCCGCAGAUCAUGCAGAUAAGCAUGUUUCAUUAAAGAGAAACUUGGGUAUUUUUGAUUGCACCUGCUUUCUUGUGGGAAGUAUUGUGGGUGCUGGAAUUUUUGUCUCUCCCACAGGCGUAUUAGAAUAUGCUCAGCUUAACGUUGGUGUGACCUUAUGCAUUUGGGCUGCUGGUGGGGUCUUAUCGAUGAUGUGCUCCCUCUGUUACGCUGAACUUGGUUCUGCAUUACCUUAUGCUGGUGGUGAAUAUUAUCAUGUAAAACGAGGACUUGGAUCUUUACCUGCCUUCAUUUUCAUCUGGACAUUAAUAUUGUUCAUAUUACCUGCGUCCAAUGCCGCUCGAGCGCUGACAUUUGCCGAAUACGCCACUCAGCCAUUCUACUCUGGAUGCCCCACACCCGAGCUGCUUAAGAAAAUAGUGGCACUUGCAGUUCUUUGGGUGUUGGGAAUUAUAAAUAUCAAGAGUGCAAAGAUGACCACUUGGGUCCAGAAUGUUUUUACUGUGCUGAAAAUGUUGGCCUUGAUCCUUAUUGUAUUUUGUGGCCUCAGAGAACUUGGAGGAAGAAAAGAGAUUCCAGGACACUUAAAGAAUGUGUUUAGUUCUCCUGAUCCAAAUGCAGCUCAAAUAGCAGAGUCUUUCUUCCAGAGUCUAUAUGCAUAUGGAGGUUGGAGCAGCUUAAAUUACAUUGCUGAGGACAUUAAAAACCCAAGAAAGAACAUUCCGCUCUGUACAAUAACAGCCGUGUCUGCAGUGAUUGUCUUUUAUUUGCUGGUAAACAUCUCAUACCUCACAGUACUGACACCAAAAGAAAUAGUUUCUUCAGCUGCUGUAUCUGUUACCUGGGCUGUUCGAAUUAUUCCAGAGGUAGCCUGGAUAAUACCUGUCUCAGUCGCUAUCUCAAUAUUCGGUUCUCUAAAUGGUGAUGUGUUUGUGCUUGGACGAUUAAACUAUGCUGGGAGCAAGGAGGGUCAUUUACCUGCCCUGAUAUCAAUGAUUCAUGUAAAUCACUUGACUCUGGCUCCAGCUGCAGUCCUCUCAACCAUUAUUGCAUCAGUAUUCGUCAUUCCAUCAGAUCUUCUGUCAUUAACUAAUUACUUUGGCUUUUCUUCUUGGCUUUUGAUUGGACUAACUGUUACAAGUCUGAUUGUUCUACGCUUCAGAGAACCAGACAUUCCAAGACCAUAUAAGGUCUUUCUGCCAAUCGCCUUUGGAGUUGUGUUAGUCGCCACAUUUUUAGUUCUAGCACCAAUAAUACAAUCACCCAAAGUGCAAUAUUUCUAUGCCUUACUGUUUAUGCUGAGCAGCAUGAUCAUUUAUUUCCCUUUUGUUUAUUUUAAACUACGUAUCCCAUACUUCGAUGCCAUUACUUGCUACUUACAGCUGUUGCUGGAGGUGGCUCCCACAGAUAUAUUUGAAGAUCCCAAAAGCCAAUAAAUAGUAAAACAGGUGUGGGAUCCCUUAUUUUGAAACCAGUUAGCCACAAAGCUCCAAAUUACAGAAAGGCCAUCUCCCAUAGUGGCCACUUCAAGCAAGUAAUGCAAAUUUUUAAAAAUGAUUUCCUUUUUUUCUGUUGUAAUAAAACAGUAAUGUGAAUUUUAUCUUAACUAAGGUGCAUGAACCCAUAUUGGUAACGAAACAUGAUUUUUCAGCAGACGUAAGGUAUGGAGAUCCAAAUUAUGGAAAACCCCAGGUCACAAGCAUUUUAGACAAUAGCUUUGCUUUUAUUACAGAAAGAUUGCACUGGCUCAUUGGUUCAGUCAUUUUAACACUUUGUUUUAUUUGCUUAAAAUAUAAACAUGUCUUUGCAAAAAUACUGACAGUAAAUAUUCUGUUUCGUCAGCAAAAAUAUUUUGAAUUAAAACUGUCUUCUUUGAAUAAAUAAUGAUAUUUAUAACACUGGAAAAAA